UUAUUUUAUGUCUUCAAUGUGUUAAAACUAAUUGGUUAUUUAAGCGAGGUAUUACUGUUGCACAGAAAUUCAAAUGUCAUCAAAUUGCGCGGUUCUUUUUCGCAUUAAGCGCAAAUAAAACAAAAGCUUUGGCUUCAUUUUGCGCAGGACAUCACAUUCUUCCAAUUUGUUAGAGUGAUAUAAUUGAUACAAAGAAAAAUGUCGAAGAAAUUAAAUAAAAGUGGUAGUGCCGGUACACCCAAUAAUAAUCUCUUCAAGUACUUCUCACGUUCACCACGUACGCCAAAUAAUAUACCAAAAACACCCAGUGAGGAGGAAGCAAACAAAUCUGGAGCAAAUGCAGAGAAAGAGAACCUACAAACUGGACAUGGCAAUGAAGAUAAUCAGCCUGUAGCUAAGCGUAAGUUGGACGUUGAAGCAAAUCUUAACAAGAGUAAUGCAAUGGAAGUUGAAGAGGAUGAAGAAAGUAUUACGAUUAAACGUCCGAGUAAUAAAAGACAUCGUAUAAUAUUGUCUGAUGAUGAAGAGGAAAUUACUAUCCAUAAAAAUGGUAGUGGGAAAAAUAAUAAUGGAGAUGAUUACAAGCCAAGCGACGAGGAAAAUACAGACAGUAGUGUUGAUGAGAAACCGUCGAGAGUUGGAAAAACACACACCAAGAAAACCGAUGAACCAACGCAAAAGAAACCUAAAUUGGAAAAGGGUAGUUUCAUGGAAAAAUUAGCUUCUUUGCAAGCAUCAGCAACUAUUACAGAUGCUAAAGCGUCUGCCAAAAACGAUGCAAAAUAUGAGAAAAUUGUAUGCACAACGUCCACGCUGGACGAGCCGGUAGUUUGGCCACAUCAAAAGCUUGAUUUUUUGCAACCAGAUAAGAUAAAAGAUAAGAAUGGCAGACGCCCUGAACAUCCGGACUAUGAUCCCACUACAUUACAUGUACCAGAGAAAUAUUUGAAUUCUUUAUCACCAGGUGUACGUCAAUGGUGGGUCUUAAAGUCGGAUAACUAUGAUUGUGUGCUCUUCUUUAAAGUGGGCAAAUUCUACGAGUUAUAUCACAUGGAUGCGGAAGUUGGUGUGCAGGAGCUCGGUUUCGUCUAUAUGCGUGGGGAAUUCGCACAUUCUGGUUCGCCGGAAGUCAGUUUCGACAAAAUGUCUAGUAUACUGAUCGACCGCGGUUAUAAAGUGGCACGUGUGGAGCAAACUGAAACGACCGAAAUGAUGAGCGAACGUUGCAAAAAGACCAAACCUACGAAAUUCGAUAAAGUGGUGCGUCGCGAAAUUUGUCAGAUUUCCAAUCGAGGCACACAAGUAUUUGGUACACAAUGUCAGAUAACACCACAUUACCAGCCCAACUAUAUGCUGGCUGUCGUUGAAAAGAAUGAGGUCAGUUCAAGCAAAUAUGGCAUUUGUUAUGUAGACACUUCUAUUGGCGACUUUUAUGUUGGCGAAUUUGAAGAUGACAAAAACGGUUCACGUCUGUUAACAUUACUCUCCCAUCAUAUGCCAGUUUUGUUAAUUUUUGAGCGUGGCUCCGUUUCUGAGCGUACACAGGAAAUAUUCCGUACCAUGCUCUCUGGCAUACUCAAAGAUCCAUUACCCGCCAAUGGCACCAAAGUAUGCAGCGCCGAAAAGACCUUGAAGUAUCUCGCUGAGAAUUACUACGCGAAAUUUUCAGAAGACUCAACUAGUGCAGACCUUUGGCCACUGACGUUGCGUACAAUGCAAUCCGAAUCUGAUCAUUUGGGUUUAACGCCACGAGAUGACUGCAAGUUAGCUUUAAAAGCGCUUGGUCAAUGCAUAUUCUAUUUGCAACGCUGUCAACUAGAAGCAAAGGUGCUGCCAAUGGCACGCUAUCACCACUACACGCCGCCGGAUAUGUUAAGUGAGCCGGUAAAUGCUGCAAAGCUACAAACAGUGAAGCAACAAGCAACUCGGCGUCGUCAUAUGGUCAUCGACGCAACCACACUUGCUAAUCUACGCAUUACCGGCGAAGAGUAUUCGCUGCAGGCUACGCUAGAUAAUUGUUGUACGAAAUUUGGUAAACGUUUGCUGCACCAUUGGAUAUGCUCGCCGAGUUGUGAGUUGAAUGUGAUUGUGGAACGACAGCAGGCGAUUACCGAACUAAUCGAACACAAUAUGGAGUUACAGGAUUUGCGCGCUUUGUUGGCGCCAAUGCCAGAUUUUGAGCGACAUCUGGCGCAAAUACACUUAUUCGGUAAUAAGCGUAUAUCGCAAGAUCAUCCAGACGGACGUGCCAUACUCUUCGAAGAGAAGUUGUAUAAUAAAAAGAAAAUACAAAACUUCAUUGGUAUAUUGAAGGGAUUCACUACACUCAUGCAAAUACCAACACUAUUUAACGGGUUUGAAUCAACACUUAUGAAACGUUUGACACAGUUGCAGCCAGCUGGCGGCUUCCCUGAUAUGGCAAAGGAAUUGGAUUUUUUCAAGAAUGCUUUCGAUCAUGCGGCUGGUGCGCAAACCGGUGUGAUUGCACCCGAACAAGGUGUGGACGCGGAUUACGAUGAGUCAUUAGCGAAGAUUAACAACAUUAAUGACACCUUUAAGGACUAUCUUAUUGAGCAGGAGAAAUUCUUUGGUUGUCGUUUAACGCCUGGAGGCGAAAAGAAUCGCUUCCAACUGGAGGUGCCCGAAAAUGCGGCUAGGAAGGCGGGCAAAGCCUACCAAUUGGAGGGUCAGCGUAAAGGCAACAAGCCAGUGCGACGCUUCUCAACGAAUGAAACGCGUUCACUGCUAAAGCAAUUGCAGCAUGCCGAAACUGAACGUGAUGUCAUAUUGAAGGAUUUAUCGCGACGCAUUUUCGAAAAAUUCUCCAAACACUAUGAACUCUGGAAGCAAUGCGUCGAUUGUGUGGCAAAUCUUGAUGUUUUAGCUUCGCUGGCAGAGUAUGCGCGCGCACAGCAAGUUAUCUGUGUGCCUGAGCUACACGAGCAAUGCGCCGAACAACAGCCGUUCAUAGACAUUGACGAGGGUUAUCAUCCGUGCGCAUUAGCGGACACCUUCAUACCGAAUGGACUCAUACUCGGCACGGGUGAGACAACAGCACCGCUUUCCAUACUGACCGGUCCCAAUAUGGGUGGCAAGAGUACGUUAAUGCGGCAGGUGGGCUUGUUGGUGGUGAUGGCGCAAAUUGGUGCGCAUGUGCCAGCCGCGCAUUGCCGCAUUUCGCUGGUCGAUCGUAUAUUUACACGCUUGGGUGCGCAAGAUGACAUCAUGGCUGGGCAGAGCACAUUUUUGGUUGAACUCAAUGAGACAUCGCUGAUUUUGAAGCAUGCAACGGUUAACAGUCUGGUGUUGCUCGAUGAAUUGGGACGUGGCACGGCCACCUACGAUGGUACUGCUAUCGCUGCUUCGGUAGUGAACUAUUUGGCCGAUUUGAAAUGUCGUACACUCUUCUCCACUCACUAUCACAAUCUUAUUGAAUAUUUCCACAAAGACGCACGCAUAACAUUGGGUCAUAUGGCUUGCAUGGUGGAAAACGAGGACACCGAAGAUCCCACACAAGAGACCGUGACUUUCCUUUAUAAAUACACCGCAGGCGCAUGUCCCAAGUCGUAUGGUUUUAAUGCCGCCAAGUUGGCUGGCAUGCCACAGCCGAUUAUAAAGCGCGCCUAUGAGCUUUCUAAACGCGUGGAGGCUAUCGCUUUGAAACGCAAGGUCUUGUCUAAAGUGGUUGCUGGCGCUGUUGGCAACAGAUGCAAUGAGCUUAAAGAAAUUAAAAAUUUACUUUUGCAGCUAAAAGCUUGUCAUGUUUGAACUAUACGUUUUUGUUUUGUGCUGUAUGCUUUUUGUUUGUUCACCCCUUCCAUAUGCACCUAUUUGUAUACGAAAUUUUCAAAAAUAUACAUACCUAAAA